AAUCCAGAGGAAGAAUUCUACUGGUCUACUACUUGUGAACUCAAGUGUUUACCCCGGCUAGUCCGCACUCCGAAAAAUCCUUCAAGAAUGAGAACCAAAUCUGUAGUUGCAGCCGGUUUCUUCCUGCUGUUGAUCCUUACAACGUCUCGUGGCUUCCAGUCCGACGAGCUUCUCAUCGACGAUGAAGAGUUUGGUCUCGAAGGUGGAAUCCGAUCCCGAUCCCGUUCCGAUCCCAACAACGUCAACGCAGCAACACCUCAGUCGAUCCGGAAGAGGUCGGUCUCUGAUUCAGAUUCAAAGAUCCAGUUCCCUCUGGAACAUGCCUUUGGUGACUCCAACUUCUCCCCUGCCGGCACCUUUACUGCUCGCCUCAAAUCUUCUUCUCAUGGUUCCCAGAUGCAAACGCUGACAAAGCUUCGCUUCUCCAGAAAUGCUUUUAAUGGAACAGAGAAGGAGGAUUUCGAAAAACUCUUGAAAGGUGAUGACUUUUACAGAAUAAGAGUACCAACCAACGUAUUGAACCUUCCUGGCAGAGAAUACGUUGUUUCCUCAGUGAAAGCAAGGUGUCUUCCACGGGAUGGUUUGGAGGAGCACUUUGUCAUGCAUAUGGACGGUGUGAAUAUUCUGGCUGUUAAUUAUGGUUCCCCUGGUGCAUGCCAGUACCCUCGUCAAUUGAAGUUUCCUGCAAAAUGGUCCUUUAACUCGCAUACAGUCCUAAAACCUACUGAGCAGGCACCCAGAACACCUAUAUUUUCAGAAGCUGUUAUUGGAGAGAAUGCAGAGGGUGACGAAGUGCAGCCUCCAGAGAGAUCUUUCUGGGCUAAAUAUUGGAUGUAUUUGAUCCCUCUUGGACUCAUUGUUAUGAAUGCUAUGACCCAAGCUAUGAACAUGGCUGAAGAACAAACUAGUGGACAAGCAGGGGCUCAAGGACAACAGGCAAUUGGUGCUCAACGUGCACAAAAUACUGUGGUACGAAGAAGAUGAUAGAUGAUGCUUCCUCCUCCUGUCGAAGACCCAUCUUUUCUUAGAAGAGAAAUCUUCUCAAAUUCCGUUCUUGGUAGGAGUUAAUCAUCAUUUGCAUUCUACAAUUGGUGCUUUAUUAGAAGCAAAUAGUUGAUUCUGGCAUUCACUUUUUUUUUUGAUAGUUAUUCCUGCAUACACACAGGUAUACGUGAUCGAUAAUCAAUAAGUAGAGGUUUGGGCUUAUGAUUAUUAUUAUCUAUUAACUAAAUUAAGCUAUUACAAAUUAUUUCCGUGA